CUACUUCUGCAUGUCCUACGGGGAUGACUGUUUCUUGAUCUGUUGUUUUUCUUAGAUGGUAUUCUACUUUUCUUACACAGACAUAGUUCGUGUGAUGCAAUGUCCACCGAUCUUCCACGCCCGGGCCUUCGCCCGUUGUCGCAACUGAAAGCUGGGCCGACGACGUCUAGCUCUAGAUCUACUGCGCGGCCAGCGGCCUCGACUCUGCAGUCUUCCUCAUCCCAGACAUCCCAGCGACCGCAACAUCGCAGGAACUUGAGCAGGGAUGAGCAGAUCAGCCCCCUGGGCGACAAGGCGACUGCGGCGCUCAUUCGUCGCGUCCUCUGUCCCCAGUCGACCAGCUAUGGCGGAGCGUCCACUCCACCACCUCUCGAGGAGCUCUUGCCCCCUUUGACAAGCUCCAAUGAUGUGGACUGCCAACUAUAUGCCCUUGUUGCCAUAAUUGUCAAGGAGUUUGUCUUCUCCUGGUAUUCCAAAAUAACGGCCGAUCAGGCGUUUGCUGCGGAGGUCAUCCAGGUGAUGGCUCACUGUACUCGCGCGCUGGAGCAGAGGCUGCGAGAGAUAGAUGUCGCGCAGUUGAUUCUGGACGAGAUACCUGACUUGAUAGAGACCCAUAUUACAUCAUACAGAUUAGCAAGAGCGCAGUCGAGAAUGUCGGGGUUUUCGCCAUCUGUCCGCCAAAUCUACCACACUUUGAAUCCACAUCCUAGCCUUUCGCCAAUCCCGGACCCCUCCGAUGCGGAGACAAUUACGCGGCAAUGCGAAAAUGAAGCGGUAUAUCGGCAAUUACUGGCGCAGGGGGUGCUGGCUGUUCUCCUUCCAACGGAGGAUUUGGAGAAUGCGUGCCUGCGCACACUGGUUGGCGACAUUCUGGCGGACCUGAUUCUGGGCAAUGAAGUGAGCGGGAGAAUGACCAAAGGCUGGUUCCUUUGGGGCAGUGUCACGAAGAUCAUCGAUGUGGUGAGACAACGUGACAACCGUGAGGAUGAUACUGCAACUACGGGGAAGGGCCAGUUACAGAAGUUCGGCCUCCUUUCGCCCAGGGAAGAAUUCGUGAGGGCCCGUUCGCCGCCCAAGACCCAGUUGAGGAUCCCCGACUGGAUUUGGAAUUUACUUCAGUUGGGUUACUUGGCCUUUGUGACCCUGCGUUUCAUCGUCGUAGGUCUGUUCCGCGUUGCAUUUACGGGUCCGGUGACCUCACCAUCGACUUCUACCGCUUCAACCAGUCAAACCAACAAGACCCCCACCCCGUACAAUAACCCCGAGGGCAAGCGCCCCGUUCUCUACUACCGAGCAUUGAGCAUGUUCUCGCAGCUGGUGGAUAUACCUCGGCGGAUGCCCUGGUUGAGCGGGAUGUUGGCGCUUUUCCAAUACCUGAUUGUGGCGGGUCCAGGCAGAAUCGGUGACACGGAUAGCGUCCUUGAUAGGUUCCUUCACGAGACCAUUCGAGACUAUAUUUUGACCCCCACUUUAUUGCCCAAUCUGCUCCUCGCAUCGCGGGCAGCCCUGUUUCCCUCGAAUACGCAUCCGACCGCUGCGGCCGCGACCGCUAAGGGCGUAAGUGUUGGGCCGCAGCCGGCACCACACCCGCCGUCUCUGCCCGUGUCUGUGUCUGUGUCCGUGCAACCACCGACGUCUCCUAUCGAAUGGGGCGCCAGCGCCCCUCGUAGCGAUUCCACUGGCGCAAGUACCGCCAGCAGUAGCGUUGCUACCGCGUCAGCGCCUGCGCCCUCGUCCUCCGUAUCGCCGCCCACCGACAGUCGCCUGUCCGUGGCCGAAAUCGCUUCCAUCAAGCGAUCGUGCGCGGCCCGCAUCCUCUCGCUCGUACCUCGGCCAGUCGCGCGACAGUUUUUGGGCCUGUCAACCUCGCCUCCUCCGCCUGGCUCGCCUGGAGCGGCCCCUGGGGAACGCCAAGAGUCUUGGGCCGCCUCCAAGGAAGCACAACAACCGCCACCUCCAGAGCGGGCUUCGUCCCCGCCAUCACCGCCAGAUCUGACACCGACCUCGCAGGACGACGAGGAGGCGCGUCUGCUGACAGCGAUCGAGACCGACAUUCUGGAUCUCUUUGCCGACGACUACUGUAACCGGCACCUCGUGUACGCGAUCAUCGAGACCGUGCUGGCCAGGCUUCUACCCGAGCUAUCGGAAUACAGUGUCACCGAAUUAAUGGAGCACAGGGGUGUACCCCUGACCGCCACGAGUAGGAUUUAACAUCACCGUACUCGACUGUCUUUUACAAGCGGGUUGUGAACCACUGCGGUAUUACUACUGG